AUGAUGCAUGGAGAACUGCUCCAAUUUUCAUCACUAGAAGUGCUGAACGCGGCUCCAAAAAUGAAAUGCGACGAAUGUCCGAAAAGAUUCCACAGCUUCCUGUCGCUUCAGCGUCAUAUGCUAAUGGAUCAUGACACGGCAAUGCGUGGAGUGUGCAAGAAUUACUUUGCAGGAAAAAGUGCUAUGCUGUGUGGAUACUGUGGAGAAUACGAAGGAAACAUAAUCGAACAUCUACUGGAAUCUCAUGGAAAACACAUCGCUAUCUCAUUCAAGCAAGCAGUUUGCCCAAUAUGCGAUGAUAUGUUUGAGCAAAAAAAUCUGACCUUCGACGAGCACCUGGUGCUCAACUGCAAAUGGGCUGAGCCAUCCGAUGAAGAGAUCUGA